AUGGCGGAGGCGCACGUCAUCGCGAUAUGCGUCGCGGUGGCCGCGCUGGCGCUCGCCGCCGCCGUGCUGGGCGUCGUCGGCGAGGCAACCAAGUCCAAGUCUUACGUUCGGUACGACGGCGUGAACUGCGUGUACCGUCGGACGCCGGCGUUCGGCUGCGGGAUCGCCGGUGCCGCGGCGGUGCUCGCCGGCCAGGCCGUCGUCGCCGCCGCCACCGGCUGCUGGGACCGCUGCCGCCGUGCUCGCUCCGACCACCGCCGCGUCGCCGUCGUCUUCUCCUCGGUACUCUCAUGGCUUCUGGCGACCGUGUCGGCGGCGGCGUUCGUCGUCGGCGCGUUCAGGAGCCAGAGCGGCGAGCGGCGGCGGAGGGAGGACGGCGUCGAGACCUACUACAGGUGCACCGUGCUCGUGGCCGGGGUGUUCGCCGGCGCGUCGUCCCUCGCGCUCCUCGCGGCCGCCGUCGGGAUCGCCUCGUACGUCGCGCUCGAGGCGGCGGCGGCGGCGCCGUGCUGGGAGGAGCGCCGCCUGGGCGUCGCGGCGGCGGGGCAGCCGGAGCAGGGUCGUCGUGGUCAUGGUUGUCCGUCGUACGGAUCAAACAAGACCAUGCUGGAACUGUUUGAAGACGAAGCUGCCUGA